GGGGCGGCCGCGCAGGCGCACUGGGCUGUCGGCGGCGCGCUGCAGCUAUGGAGCAGACCCCUCCAGACCCCGAGAGGCAGGUGCAGCCAGCGUCCCUGGAGCCGCUGAGCGGCCCCGAUGACGACCUGGAAGCUGCAGUCAGUAAGGAAGCCGACGGGGCCCAGCGAGAAGGCUCUGGGACGGACACGAUGACAGAAAAUAAUUUUUUCUUGAAGAAGAUAGAAAUCAGUGUUUCUGAAGCAGAAAAGCGAACUGGAAGAAAUGCAGUGAACAUGCAGGAAACAUACACCGCUUACCUCGUGGAAACCAGGUCGGCUGAACGCGCGGACAGUCAGAGCGUCCUCACAGACUCGCUGUGGAGGCGGUACAGCGAGUUUGAGCUGUUGAGAAACUACCUUUUGGUUUGCUAUCCACAUAUUGUUGUGCCGCCGUUACCAGAGAAACGGGCAGAAUUUGUUUGGCAUAAACUCUCUGCUGACAACAUGGACCCUGAUUUUGUAGAAAGACGACGGAUCGGUUUAGAGAACUUUCUCUUGAGAGUUGCUUCACAUCCCGUCCUUUGUAGAGACAAAAUCUUCUAUUUGUUUUUAACCCAGGAAGGCAACUGGAAGGAGACUGUGAAUGAAACUGGGUUUCAGCUUAAGGCAGACUCCAGGUUAAAAGCGCUUAAUGCAACAUUCAGAGUGAAAAACCCAGACAAGAGGUUUACUGAACUGAAGCACUACAGUGACGAACUGCAGUCAGUUAUCUCCCAUCUGCUUCGAGUCAGAGCUAGAGUAGCAGAUCGACUCUAUGGAGUAUAUAAAGUACAUGGGAAUUACGGGCGAGUGUUCAGUGAAUGGAGUGCCAUAGAGAAAGAGAUGGGUGACGGCCUGCAGAGUGCUGGGCAUCACAUGGACGUGUAUGCGUCUUCUAUUGAUGACAUUUUAGAAGAUGAAGAACAUUAUGCAGAUCAGUUAAAAGAGUACCUUUUCUAUGCAGAAGCACUACGGGCCGUGUGCAGGAAGCAUGAACUCAUGCAGUACGACCUGGAGACGGCCGCGCAGGACCUUGCUUCCAAGAAGCAGCAGUGUGAGGAGCUGGCCACGGGGACUGUGAGGACGUUCUCCUUGAAGGGGAUGACCACCAAGCUGUUCGGUCAGGAGGCCCCAGAGCAGAGGGAAGCCCGGAUAAAGGUGCUGGAAGAGCAGAUCGGUGAAGGCGAGCAGCAGCUGAAGUCUAAAAACCUGGAAGGCAGAGAAUUUGUGAAAAAUGCUUGGGCUGAUAUUGAACGCUUCAAAGAGCAGAAGAACCGCGACCUAAAGGAGGCCCUCAUCAGCUACGCCGUCAUGCAGAUCAGCAUGUGCAGGAAGGGAAUUCAAGUUUGGACCAAUGCCAAGGAAUGCUUUAGCAAGAUGUGAUCCUGUGAGAUGAAUUCUCUUCAGUCAAAGUUCCCCAAAACAGAAGCACAAGUACAUGAAUUUAAGUUGCUAUCCAGUGUCAGAAAAAAUACAUAAGUUGAAUAAAUUCAACUUUCUUUAAUUUGAUUAUAGUUGUGUUUACAUAGCACAAAAAGGAUGUAUUUAAUAAAGAUUACAUAUUGUAAUUUGAGGUUUUGGGGAUUGGUGCUGAUUCCAAAAGGUUAAUUAAUAAUAUAAACCAAUAGAUUAUCUGUCAGGCUUCUGAACCAAACACUCAGUAUCCCCAUGCCAGUUUCUAGAGGCUCCUUUCUACGCCACUGUUUCAGAUCUGUCCAGAGUUUUUUUUUGUAAGACUGAAUUUGUUUAUUGACUUGGUGAGACCCACUAAUUAGAGGGGCUUAUUUUCUCUGGCCUUAUAAUUGAGCUGUUUGGUUUAACAAGGCUCAACUGUAAUUUAUUACAAAAUCUAAGAUUUUCUCCCACAUUCAUUGAUGUCCCUGUCACAUCUAUAUAAAAUAGAAAAUGCCUUUCUUCAGUUUGUGUUUUAUCAGAAUUUUGAUACUGAUCAGAAAUUUUAUACUGCAAACAAGUCUCAGCUUCUCAGAGGGGAAACGCAUUGUUAGGAUCUGGGAACUGUUGUACAGAAAGUUUCUCUGAUACAGGGUGGAGUGCGUUGGUAGGACUGAGGAUCUACUGUAUAGAAAGUUUUAAUCGAGCGUUAGUGAUUGUCUUUCUUUUUUUUUUUGUACUGGGGAUCGAACUCUCAACUUCACACAUGCCAGGCAGGCGCUUGUGCUGCUGAGCUAAAUCCCCAGCCCCUCUCAGAUUAAUUCUUAACCGCAGCAAUGAGCCUGAUUUUCUCUGCUUGGCUCUCUACACAUGGUAUUUCAGGGUAUGAGAUGUCGCAUCUCCCCGUGUGAGAUCUCUGUAGUGAACAUGGUGAUCAUUCCUCUAACCGUGUCAUCCUUUUCUAUUGCUUGGCUGUAAUUUUUGUAAAGAUAAAUUAUGUUGUUUUUUUGAUGUGUGUUUUUGUGGUAUCUGUUCAGAAGCCAGACACUCUCAUUUGCUAGCUUUGCAGAAUCUUAAAUGUGUAUUCAUUAUUGUAAUGAUGUUUUAGAAUAAACCCCAGUACUAUGUAACAUUUGACUCUUUUUUACAUGUUUAAAUUGUUGCUGGAUUUUUGUGCUGUUUGCCAAACUUAUACAAUAAAUAAAUGAAGUCUGGGCUGA